CGCCGCAUCUCAAGCCUUGUGUAACAGGGCCAAAGUUAAAAUUUCUCCACAACCCCAAAUUGACUCUUGCACAUACCCACGCAUCGCCGUUAAUCCCACCCGUGCAUCUGCCACGACUUCUCAGUCUUCGCCAUGGCACCCAAAGCGAAGAAAGGAGCACAAAAGGGCAAAGCAGGCGAAGAAGAGAGGGAGGAGCCUCUGCAGGCCGUCGUGUUUGCGGAUGCUUUUGAGACCAAAUUCUCCCCCUUCACGCUUGAGCGGCCACGAUGCUUACUGCCGCUUGCGAAUACCCCUUUGAUUGAGUAUACGCUUGAGUUCUUGGCCAGCGCGGGGGUGGAGGAGGUCAUACUGUACUGCGGAAACCACACCGAUCAAGUCGAGGAGUACCUCAAACGCUCGAAAUGGACGAGAGAGACUGCGCCACUGGCGCUCGACAUCAUCCGCUCCGAUGCCCGUUCCGUGGGCGAUGCGAUGCGCGAUCUCGACCAAAAGCAGCUCAUCACCGGCGACUUCAUCUGCGUCUAUGGAGAUGUCAUCGCAAACAUAUCCAUGCAAGCUGCGCUGUGGGCGCAUCGCACACGACGGGAGAAGGACAAGAAGGCCAUCAUGACCAUGAUUCUUCGCGAGGCGGGCGAUGCUCAUCGAACUAAAUCCCGGAAUUUGCGCCCGGUAUUUGUUGUGGAUCCGGAAGCCCAGCGCUGCGUGCAUUAUGAACAGCUAAGGCCGAGAGAUACACCUCGCUUGGAUAUCGCGGAGGAGGUGCUUGUGGACCACACCGAGGUGGAAGUCCGAGAAGACCUCAUCGACUGCGGGAUCGACAUUUGCACGCCGGAAGUUCUGGCGCAAUACACCGACAACUUCGACUGGCAAGCUCCGCGGAGAGGUUUCCUGUACGGCGUGCUCAAAGACUACGAGACCAACUUGCUCACGAUUCACACGCACAUCACGAACGAAGGCUACGCCGCACGGGUUAAGAACCUGCAGGCUUACGAUGCUGUGACGAGGGACAUCUUGUCUAGAUGGACUUACCCGCUAUGUCCUGACGUCAAUCUGCUCCCGGACCAGUCCUAUCAACUGCACAAAGGCAAUGUCUACAUGGAGCAUGGCGUCGUCUUGGCACGUUCGAGCACUGUCAAGCACAGAUCAGUACUUGGAAGGGCGACAUCCGUUGGUGCUGGCAGUGUCAUCUCCGACAGCGUGAUUGGAAGGCGUUGCGUGAUUGGCAACAGGGUGAAGAUUCAGGGUGCGUACAUCUGGGAUGAUGCUCGGAUAGGCGACGACACGGUGAUUGAGAAGGCGGUGGUGGCACGGGAGGCGGUCAUUGGACAACGAUGCCAUGUGCAGGCGGGUGCUUUGAUUUCUUACAGAGUCAAGUUGGCAGAUGGGACAGCUGUAGUUGGUGGGAGGAAGCUGACCAGAAUGCCAACAAGUAAGACUGCAGAUCCAGAGGUCGUUGGAGAAGGCGGCGACGGGCACGAGAUGGAGGAGGACGACGAGGAUGAACUUCUUGCGGAAUCCUUGGUCUCCGGAGACAUCUACAACCUCGAUGCCGCCAGGAUAUCCUCAGACUCCAUCUCCACCCUGGACUCGGAUGAAGAAGAGGAGAGCUUACCCGAGCACCACCGAAGGAAGUCGGGGAGGAGUGAAAGCUUUGCCUCGAUCAACUCGGACGAGAGCGGUGACGCGCGACGGAAAGCAGCCGACUUCCAUCACGAGGCCACCACCAGCAUCAUCGACGCUUUGCAAAAGGGGGAUGAUGCGGACACUAUCCAGCUGGAGCUCCAAGGCCUCAAACUCAGCAGCAACGCUGAAGACAAGCAAGUGCGGCGUGCGGUGGCAACGUCUUUGAUGAAGCGACUCGCCGCGCUCGUGGACUCUGGCGUGUCGCCGAAAGACGCCGUGGCCAAGACAUUGCUCCCCAACAAGCUCAUCAUUGAACGAUGCGUCGGCACGGGACGGGAGCAGUACGAGGACCAGGUGGAAUUCCUGCUCUACAUGCAGAAUGAUGCGAUGCGCAGGCAGCAGGGGGCUAAGAUCUUGUUGCACGUUUGCACGUCGCUCGCGCACAACGAUCUGGUGGAGCCGGAGGGCUUUGAAGCGUGGUGGGAGGAUGCGAGGAGUUCAUCGUCGGAGGAGCUGCUGGCUGUUCGGGCGGAUACGAAGCCGCUGAUUGAUGUCCUCGUCGACGAUGAUGAUGAGGACGAGGACGAGGAUGAUAGUGAGUGAUUGUUUAGCCAACAUCGUGCUCGCCAUCUGCAUCGAGGAAUGCGGCACGUGAAUGAAACCGUGCGCGCAGCCAGUUUGACUUUCUUUAUCCGGCAGCCGCGCGGGAAGCGGCGGUGC